AUGGCUCCGUGGCCUCACUGGAACAGUUCUCUGGCCUUGUGGCCAGACGCCCCCACCCUGGAGCCUAAUGCCGCCAACACGAGUGGGCUGCCUGGGGUGCCCUGGACCGCGGCAUUAGCAGGGGCGCUAUUGGCGCUGGCGGUGCUGGCGACAGUGGGAGGCAACCUGCUGGUGAUCGUGGCCAUCGCUCGGACACCGAGACUCCAGACUAUAACCAACGUGUUCGUGACUUCACUUGCCACAGCAGACUUGGUGGUGGGGCUCCUGGUAGUGCCUCCGGGGGCCACUUUGACAUUUACUGGUCACUGGCCCCUGGGCGCCACUGGUUGUGAACUGUGGACUUCAGUGGACGUGCUGUGCGUGACGGCCAGCAUCGAAACCCUCUGCACCUUGGCGGUGGACCGCUAUCUAGCUGUUACCAACCCGCUGCGUUACGGCGCAAUGGUCACCAAGCGCCGCGCCCGAGCGGCCGUGGUACUGGUUUGGGUCGUGUCCGCUGCAGUGUCGUUUGCGCCCAUCAUGAGUCAGUGGUGGCGUGUGGGGGCCGAUGCCGAGGCGCAGCGUUGCCACUCCAAUCCGCACUGCUGCGCCUUCGCCUCCAACAUGCCAUACGCGCUGCUCUCCUCCUUAGUCUCCUUCUACCUUCCGCUUCUUGUUAUGCUUUUCGUCUACGCGCGAGUUUUCAUCGUGGCGACGCGCCAACUGCGCUUGCUGCGCCGGGAACUGGGCCGCUUCCCGCCAGAAGAUUCUCCGCCGGCUCUGCCUCGUUCUGGGCCCCCAGCUCCUGCAGGGCUGCGCGCUUCAUCCGCAGGGGUGCCUUCCUGCAGUCGACGGUCCACGCGCCUUCUGCCUCUACGAGAACACAGGGCUCUGCGUACCUUGGGUCUCAUUAUGGGCACUUUCAGCCUCUGCUGGUUACCCUUCUUUGUGGCUAACGUGGCGCGCGCCGUCGGGGGUCCCUCCUUAGUCCCUAGCCCUGCUUUCCUCGCACUCAACUGGCUGGGCUAUGCCAACUCAGCCUUCAACCCGCUCAUCUACUGCCGUAGCCCGGACUUUCGCAGUGCCUUCCGUCGCCUGCUGUGUCGCUGCGGCUGCUGUCGGCAGCUAAGAUCCUACGCCACCGCCUCUUCGGUUCGCGGCCCUUCCGGCGCCCCAGCAGCCCUGACCAUCCCCGCAGAGUCUAGACAGUGCCCACCGCUCGACCCGUAG